CCCUGCUGUUCUAAGCUCUCACCUUCAGUCCCUCCGUCUGUUCUCUCUGCUGAACCGACAACAUGUGGACUCGUGAGCAGCGGAAAAAAUACUCCAACUCCAAUUUCAUCAUGCAAGAGACGUCGCAGUAUCACGUCGAGCAUCUCUCCACGUUCAUUAUGGACAAGACAGAGUCGAUUGUCACAGUGGAUGAUGCGAUCAAGAAGCUGGUUCUUCUGGACUCGAAGGAUAAAAUCUGGACGCAGGAGAUGCUCCUGCAGGUCACCGACAAGGCGGUCAGGCUGCUCGACUGUGACACGCAGACGAGCCCCACUGUGAUCAUUUACCUUGGCCUCCAAGUGUCUAGCUGCUCCACCGCCACUCACCUCCUGCUUGUCUACCGUUCACUAGUGAUGGCCAGGUGA